AUGCCAACGGAUCUGCGGCCACCGACGCUGGCGACGCUGGACGAGCGCUCUUCCGUGGAGGACGACGUCCUGCGUAGUAUCCGCAUGGACCUCGACGCCUCCGAGACCAUGGACCAAGCCUUCCUCGCCUACGAUGCGCUCGUUGCCCAGGAUCCCUCGCUGGAGCCCGAGAUGUCGGUCGUUGUCAUGAAGACGCUCCUUGCUAAGGUUGUCUCAGCAGACGAUUCCCCCAUGGACAUGCAGCAGCGCCUUGGAGAAUUCGCUCAGCGGACGUACUCCCAGUCGCGACCAAGCCUGGACACACGCCACCUGAGCUUCAUUAACUCCACGUUCCACGAUACCUAUGCGCUCUUUACCUCGAUCACAGAGAACGACCCACGACGGCUCUUCCUCGUCCAGCUCUGCAGCACGCUCUCCGAGUACUACUUCAACCUCACGUCGCCAGCCGAUGACAACCCCGACACAAUUGCAUCGAUCGCGUACUGCCGUGACGCCUGGCUGCGUUUCAUGACCUUUGCCCGCGUGGACACACCCACGCCGGAUCUUGCGCUCAUGGCUUGCAUCUGGAAGACCGUCACGCGUCUCUGUACGAUGUACCGAAGCGUCUUCACCAAAAGCGAAGCCGGCCUUCCAGCGUCGUUGUAUCGCACACUCGAAGCCUCAGUCGAGAGCCAAGUCGCUUGCCUCAGUACGCAACUCGGCCUGCUCGAGAUCGCCACAUCCAUCAACUUGAUCAAGACUCUGCGACUUCUCGUGAAAGCCUAUGUCGGUCUCUUCGGCUGCUUUGCCGACUCUCUCGGCCCCAACAAAUACAAUGACCGUCUCGACUUUCUCAGCAAGUUGUCCGCCAACAUCUUUGAGAUGCAGUUGCGUCUUGGCCAACACAAAGCUGAGAUUUACCUUAUGGUCGAAGUUCUCCGUGCCGACGCGAUGACGGUCCUCAGCAAAGUGCUCGGCCAACCUCGCCUGGCUCAUGCGCCUCUCAAGCCGUGGUGCCGUGUCCAACUUGAGUCUAGCCAUGUCUCGUCGACGGCAGAUCUGCCUUCCUUCUUUCGCAUCUGCAUCUUGCUCCAGUCGCACACGCUACUCUUGGAGCGACCCGAACUCAUUGUCGUGAGCCGCACCCUAGACCAGCUGAUGCAGUACUUCCGCUCUGUCACGGCACAGAUACCCACAACGCGUCGCUCUUACCUCUCGGGGGUUCUUAUCGAGCCAGUCAUUAUGCUUGCAUUGUCGGCUCCUCCUCCAGCCGAGGUGUUCAAAACCCAGCUGCAAUUGCUCUCAUAUUCGUUCCAUCCCAACGUCUACCAGCAGCACCUGUGCCAACUAGUGUGGCGCCACGUCUUCCAAACAACAUGGAAGGAUUCCGCGCCAGGAGGUGUUGCGUUCGUCGACUGCUUGCUGAAGAUGCUCACGGCGCCCUUCCAAGCGUUCCCGCAACCGAGCGACAACCGCUUUUCACUGCUUGACCUUCUUGCGAGCAUCUUUGACGUCCUCAGUCCUACCCAACAAACCCAGUGCCUGAGUGGCGCCGUAGCGACAUUUGAAGGGCUUUGCGGUGAUGGGCCCGAACACCAAGUGACGCCAGCGUUUCUGGCCCACAUCGACAUGCUCGAGCACUUGCUGCGCACGACGGCGGGCCAGGCGCACGCAGCGAGCGCGGCCUUCGUGGCGACGCACUUGUCGGUGUCUAUGGAGUGCUUUGGGACGGCUGUCGAGUUUCUUGCGGACGGUACUGAGGCCGAGCUUGAGAACGCUUUCUGGCGCAUCAUCGACGCGACUCUUCUCGUGUGUGCCAACAUCCUCUUUGGCACUGGCGAGGUCCCCCACGUCCACCGCGAGUUGAUUGGCGAUGCAGCGUCGUGGAUGCAGCCGCUUGUCAUCAAGCUCGUGGAACUUCUCGCGCGCCAGCCGCCUCGGGCAGAGGAAAUUUUUCACCGCGUGCUCUCGAAUGCGAUGGAGCUUAUCUGGGUGCUGCAUCGGUCGCUCAAAACAAACUCUGGCAACUACUACCUCGCGCUGCUGCAGCACGUGCAGCACAUUGCAGCGACGCACGCCUCCGCGCACGUUUUGGUUGCGCACUUUAUGCACGUUCUCGCCGACGUCCAGGUUCCAAGCGAUGCACCAACCGACCACAAAAUGGUCGGCGAUACUCUUUGCGCUAUUUUUUCGACGCUGCUUCAGUACCCGUCGCCUUGGCCCGUCGUCGCGACAGCGUUGCGUGCGCUCCAUAAGUUCCUCGCUUCGUCCAACGUCGCCGACUCCAACACGGUGGCAAUUCACGAGCUUUUGCUGCGGUACUCACUGACGCUCCACGACUUUUUUGCCAUCGUCAUCGACCCGCCGGCACCGUCUCGCGACUUCGUUGACGGUUUGGGGCUUCUGAUGUACCAACAGGACAGCGUCUUUGAGAAAAAUCAACCGACGCGCCACGCACCCUUGGUCAAGAAGCGGGCCGCAGCAACGAUCGACGAUCUCCUCGAGACGUGCCACGCAAUCAAGCGCUUGCACACGACGCACAAAAGCGACCCACAAACAGACGCAGCGUUCGAGCACGCGGCGUCCGCGCUCCAGACCGUCCUCGACCUCCACAUCGAUCACUCGUAA